UGGGGUAUUUAUCUCCAGGCUCUGGCUCUCAGCCUCGCCAUCUCAUCAGACAUCAUUACGGCUCCUCAUUUGUGUUUGACCAGCUCAGAAUACAAUUUGUUCUUCAAUAGAACAGCCCCUUGUGCUGGUGGCUACGUGUAUUCCCUGGAGUCACCGGUGGAGACAGUGAGGUUCUGGGAGAGGCCAUGAGCCCAACAGGGAAAUCCAACCCAGGAACUGCAGCCCCCACAGAAGAGAGGAAACUCCGCCCCUGGCUGAGCCUCUGGGUCACUCUUGUUUGUGCUCUUGUCCUCAAGGCCUGUGUCAUCUACGGCUGCAUGGUCACUCUCCUCAUGGGAAAUCCAAGCUGUGAAGUGCGCAAGGCCCUGCCCCAGGGUUCCGCAGAGUGGCAUUGUGUCGUGGGGAGAGAUGAAGGGAAAGGGCGAGUCUGGACGUGCUGCCCCUUGGGCUGGGAGCCCUUUCAGACCAGCUGCUACUACUUCUCUAAAGAUAUCAUGAACUGGGAUGACAGUGAGAGGAACUGUACAGGGAUGGGCUCCCACCUGGUGGUGGUCAACACGGGAACUGAGCAGGAUUUCAUUUCCAAUUAUGUAAAAAGAACAGUUAUUGGCAUCCAAGUGGAGAAUUACUAUAUUGGUCUGGCACUGGAGAAAGGCCAGUGGUGCUGGGUGGAUCGGACUCCAUAUAACAAGACGGCAGUGUUCUGGAUACCUGGGGAACCAAAUAACCUCAUUGUGGAGAAAUGUGUUGCUGUAGAUACAUCCCAAAAGGAGAACAGGAAUUGGAAUAACUUCCCUUGUAUCGCACCAUUUCAUCGAAUUUGUGAAACUGUGGCAACAAAUAUUUGAUUGAAAAAAACCCACUAUGGAUGUGAAAUUAGAGAGCGAGCCCAUCCCUCACCAUGGGCAGCUCACAGAGAGAUCAGACUGGAGGGUUUGUAUCAUUGUGAGUCCAGGACUGUAUAAUAUGCAGGAAGGUGGAGGUGGAAUGAACUCACCACAAAAAAAUUUUUGAAAAAAAAAAUUCUGAUAAUGACUAAAGUGGAAAAACACCAAACUUCAGCCAAGCUCUGCUUAUGAUAUCAUAAAACUCCCUGUGACAUCACCCAACGAGUCCAGUGGAGAAGGUGGGUUGGGAACGGGAGGUUCCAGUGGAUUUGCCUUAAAG